AUGACAGUUUACGAGUCUCAUGCCUAUGAUGAUAGUGAAGUGCAAAACUACACCAGCGGUGUCACCAAAGAACCUAAGAGAUCGGUUAAUGAUAGUGACAAGGAGGAACCACAUAAAGAGCUUGAAGAAGAACCAGAACCACAAUCUUCAGAGGCUCAGGAACCAACAGAGAGUGACGAAGGUAGUGAAAAUGGUUUCUCGGAUUCUGAAGGCGACGGGAGCGACACUUCAGAUUCGAUUCCUGAGUUCAACAACAGACGUAUUAUUCUUCAGAGAUUCACCAUCUACAACUCAUUGGCGACGAUGUAUAUCGUUGGGUCCAAUGCUAAAGAAAGCUUGUUCAGAAUCUUGGAGAUAAAUAAGGACCCCAAUGACGAUACCAACUUGACCAUCAUUGAAGACAAGAGUUAUUUCUACACUCGUAAAGACAUGGUAGAUCUCAUCAACGGGUUGAACGAGACCAUCGAAGGUGGUAUCCACAAGAUUGCCCAGGGAUAUGGGCUUUUGGGGUUAAUUAAGUUUACCAAAGGGUACUACCUUUCUCUCAUCACUAAGUGCAGCCAAGUAGCGGUUAUUGGGGGACAUUUCAUCUACCAUAUUGACGAGACAAAAUCGGUACCUUUAGAUCUCAAUUACAGGAGACCUAAUAAGUAUACUGACGAGGAGAAGCUUUUGUCCAUAUUCAAGUAUCUUGACCUUGGUAAGACAUUUUACUUUUCUUAUUCGUAUGAUAUAACCAACACAUUGCAGACCAACUUUGUCCGGAACAAAAAAUUGGCAAGCUAUUAUCAGAGGGCCAAAGGAGAAAUACCUCAUAAUAAGCUGCUGUUUGUAAAUGAGUUUGACAGUUUUCAAAAGAAUGAUCGGUUUGUGUGGAAUAAGAUGCUUUUAAGUCCUAUUCAACAGAAUGAAGACGUAGCCACUUACGAAUGGUUUCAGCCAAUAAUACAUGGGUUCAUUGACCAGGCAAAUGUGUCGAUAUAUGGAAAGAAAAUUUAUAUUACCAUCAUUGCUCGGCGGUCCCAACACUUUGCAGGAGCCAGGUUUUUGAAAAGAGGUGUUAACCACGAAGGAAAUGUUGCCAACGAAAUUGAAACUGAACAGAUCGUCACGGAUAUGCUAAUUUCCUCCUUCCAUGAUCCUAAAUAUGGGUUCUAUAAUAACCCACGAUUUACAAGUUUUGUCCAGCAUCGUGGAUCCAUUCCAUUAUAUUGGACCCAAGACUUGAAUAGGUUGCCAAAACCACCAAUUGAGAUUAAUUUAUCUGAUCCAUUUCACCUGAGUUCGGCCCUCCAUUUCAAUAACUUAUUCGAGAGGUACGGCCUGCCUGUCAUAAUCUUAAACUUGAUCAAAACCAAGGAGAAAACUCCAAGAGAGCUGAAGUUGAACAAGUACUUUAUCGAUUGCAUCAACUACUUAAACCAAUCACUCCCAGAAGAGCAUAAACUACAGUUCAACUCCUUCGACAUGUCCAAACAUUCAAAGAAGAACCUUGACGUUAUUGGUCCAUUGCAAACUAUAGCAGAGAAGUCAAUAUUACAAAUUGGCUUCUUCCAUAACGGUAUAGACCUUGAAGGCACCAAGCUUCAGAAUGGGAUAAUUCGGACCAAUUGCAUUGAUUGCUUGGAUCGAACAAACGCUGCUCAAUUUAUUAUCUGUAAAGAAGUAUUGUCUCAUCAGUUGGCCAGUUUGGGGUUGAUCUCUGAGCCAACUUCGUUAGCGUAUGACUCGGAUUUGAUUAACAUCUUGACAGAAAUAUUUCAUGAUCAUGGUGAUACAAUUGCUAUUCAAUAUGGUGGCUCUAAUUUAGUUAACACCAUGGAUUCCUAUAGAAGAAUAAACCAGUGGUCUUCUCAUACAAGAGAUAUGUUGAACAGUGUCAAGAGAAUCUACUCAAAUUCGUUUAUGGAUCUGAUUAGGCAGGAAGCCAUAAAUCUCUUUCUAGGUAACUAUAUCUACGAUCCUAAGAAACCCAAAUUGUGGGAAUUGCAAAAUGAUUUUUACUUGCACAACAAUAUGUCCAACACUGAUGUGAGAAGAAAGAUAAGUUAUAUUCAUUGGUAUAACAGUCAUUACCUUUCAAAGGAAAGGUAUGAUCUCACAAAGGAUAUCCCCACAUCCAGAAUCUUAGAACAGUUUACUCCCUUCAUAUUUGAAAGGUUGAAGCCAUAUCCCGAAUUCAACGAUAAUUGGUUCAAUGAGUGCUACGUACCAAGGAAGUACCAGAGUUUCACUGACUUAUUCAUGUUCAAUAUGAACUCAAACUUGAGAUACUUUCCAUCUAAUGUGUCGAAUAAGAAGAACUUCGAUUAUUCCCCAUUUGAGUCACGAAAACAAUUAAUCAAACGAGAAGACAACGGGUAUGAACCUUCGAGUCCUGUCAAAUCCAAGCCACUGCUCAACGAAUUUCCCAAGAAGAGUGAACAGUAUGAAGAUAGUGAUCUGGACUCCGAGUCAGUGGGGUCGGAAACAAAGAUGUCAAAACUAGAUGCAAAUUCGAGCUACAACUAUCUCAACAUCACCAAUACCAAUAAGAUCAAGAACUUGCUUACUUCAGGAAUGGAAAAAUUGGGUUACUCCAGAGUGAAUGGAUAUCCAAAAAAGGAUGAAUACAAAUUUUCUUCCUCUGCACCCAAUACCCGAAAUAAUGAUCAUGCCGGAGACGGAAGCUCAGACUCAAGCUUAACUACGGUCAGCGACUCUGACAGAGAGAUGUACUCUAAGCAUUUGAAGUUUUCUUCAUACACGUUACAGGAUUCUAUCCCUGACCUGCCAAGGGAAGCCCCCAGCGUCGACAGCUACAACAUGGAUCUCUACCGUAAGUAUACAACAGUAUUCGAUGAGGCUGACUAUGAUCAGUUUUCGUCUGACAUUUAUUCACGAUUCUAUGAUGUUUUCAGCUCACUGAUGGCGGAUUAUAGUAUCAACGCAAAAUAUCUUGACAAUCACAUAAUGGAAUUAGCACAAGAUGAUUACUUCACAUAG